AUGCGAGUCCGGGGAGGCGAAAACCUGAUCAUCCACCUUUCGGCGAUCAGGGACAACGCGAGAUGGAAGAGGGGGUACGGAGAGCGCUACGAAUUAGUAGAAUCGAGCGCCGACGGUACGGAGCAACAGCUUUAUCGCACACUUAUGGACUCCACACGAUAUGAGAAGGAUGUACGACCAACUAUGCACCAUUCACUGCCAACCAACGUUACUUUUGGAUUCUUGUUGAACCAAAUUGUCGAAAUGGACGAACGAAACCAAGUGCUAACAACGAGAAGUUGGCUAAACAUCAACUGGAUGGAUCAGCGGUUAAGUUGGAAUCACACAAUGUGGGGCGGGAUCAAGACAAUCUACGUCCCGCAUCAGAAGCUGUGGAAACCGGACAUAAUCCUCGUCAACAACGCCAUCCGCGAAUACUACGCCUCCCUCGUCUCAACCGAUAUUAUGGUAUCAAGCGAUGGCAACGUCACCUUCCUCUACUCGGCCAUCUUUCGUUCCAGUUGCCGGAUCAAAGUACGGUACUAUCCUUUCGACGAUCAGGAAUGCGAGUUGAAAUUCGCCUCCUGGUCUCAUGACAACAAGGAGAUGGAUUUGGGCUUGAAUACGAAUAAGGGCGAUCUGAGCAGUUACAUGAACAACAGCGAGUUCGAUUUGGUGGACAUGACGGCGACGCGUGAAGUGGUGCAUUUCCCUUCGGAACCCGAUUCCCUCUGGCCGGUGAUUGUGGUGCGGAUCAAUAUGCGGAGGAGGCCAUUGUUCUAUGUUUUCAACCACAUAAUCCCGUGCGUUCUGAUCUCGUCGAUGGCCGUUCUCGGCUUCUUGAUGCCGCCGGAGACGGGCGAGAAAAUUAAUAUGAUCAUCACGACGCUUUUGUCUAUGGGCGUUUAUCUACAAUCAAUUACUGAAUCGAUACCACCGACUUCAGAGGCUGUACCCUUGAUAGGAAUGUAUUACGUCGCCUCCCUGUUUAUGGUAUGUCUAGCUACCUGUGUAAAUGUAAUAACGUUAAAUAUACACAGGAACGGUGCGGCAAAUCAGGGUCGUCAUGUACCACCUUGGAUGGAGAAAUACAUACUGGGGUAUUUGGCUACCUUUAUGAAGAUGACGAUUCGAGAACCGGACAGCAUAACACUGAUUAAAACGGCUCAGACCAAAAAAUCAACGAUUCGGCGCAGCUCAAUCCUUCGCGACCUGAAACGCAUCAAGAAUCUGGACAAUCGGAAGAAGGAGGCUUCAACGGCGGAAAGUGGAGAGUGCGAAUGUAUGGUAUCACAGGGAACCAGGAGUCUUGCCCAACAAGAUGAGGAUCCUACGCUUCCAAUCGAAUUAGAAGCAAUACAUGCUGCACAUGAAUACUUGAAAGCUAACGGAAAGCAUCGUACCAAUGAUACCGGAAGUGAGGGGGCUUUUUUGUCGCGGCUUGUGUCAGAGCAGUUAAUGCCAAGAAUGUCCACCACUCGCCCGGUCAUGCUCACCGAAUUUGAGCAAAAGUUUCGGAAAAUCCUGAAGCGAGUCUAUAGAAGUUUGCAGCAACAUGAAAUACGGGAAGAGAUCCUAGACGAGCGUGCUCGUAUCCAAUGGCAAUGGCAGCAGCUGGCGGGUGUCGUUGACCGGUUAUUGCUCGCAUUAUUCUCGAUGGCCACCCUGGCCACUAUAUCAUUCUUCCUCGUGCUCCCCGUGCAUUUGAGGAAUAGCGCUUGGUCGUCGGCAUUCUUUUUGGAC